GUGUUUUCCAUUCUGCUCUCAUCAUGGCUGCAUGGCUGUGCCGGGCUCUGGUGCAGAGGAAUGGACGCUUGUUGCUGUCAUACCCUAACUCUGUGGGCAGAUUGUGCUCCAGGGGGGUGGGAAGCUCCUCUCCUGCCCCUGGGGCCCUCUCUGCUUUCCAGGACAAGCCUCGGACUGUUGAGGACCUGCCUAAUAUUAGCUUCUUGGAGCUGAUCUACAGGAUGGUGUUUCAGGGCUUCUACAACCGUUUGCAUGAGUUACAGAUCUAUAACAAGCAGCGAUAUGGGCCCAUAUACAGAGAGGGAAAGAAGAGCGUGUCAGUGAACACUCCACAGCUGUUGGAGGAAGUGCUGAGGAACGAUGAGAAGUUCCCCACCCGAGGAGACCUGUCCGCGUGGAAGGAAUAUCGGGAUAUGAGGGGAUACGGCUAUGGGCCUUUCACAGAGGAGGGGGAGAGGUGGUACAACCUGAGGGUGAUACUGAACAAACGCAUGCUGCAUCCGAAGGAAUCCGCACAGUAUGGGGAUGAUAUCAAUGACGUGGUUACAGACUUCAUCAAGAGGCUCUCCUACCUCCGUCAGUGCAGCCCCGAAGAAGACUUGGUGCCUGACAUGGCCAAUGAGCUCUAUCGAUUCUCACUAGAGGGUAUCGCCUCCAUACUGUUUGAGACAAGGCUUGGGUGUCUGGAAAAGGAAAUCCCUGCAGGGACUCAAGACUUCAUCCACUCCAUAGGCCAGAUGUUCUCCUACAACAUGGCUGCGUUUCUGAUGCCCAAGUGGAGCCGCAGUCUGCUGCCCUACUGGAGGCGCUACAUCGAAGGUUGGGAGGGCAUCUUCUGCUUUGGUAAAGAGUUGAUUGACAAAAAGAUGGAGGUUAUCCAGCAGCGUGUGGAGAACAACCAGGAAGUGGAAGGGGAAUACCUAACAUACCUCCUGUCAAACACUCAGAUGAGCACCAAAGACGUGUAUGGCAGCAUCACUGAGCUCCUUUUAGCUGGGAUGGACACGACCUCCAAUACCCUCACAUGGAGCUUUUACCUGCUGUCCAGGAACCCUCACACCCAGGACAGACUUUAUGAAGAAGUGUCCACAAUGUUGCCAGCAAAGCGGAUCCCCUCCGCUGCUGAGGUCACUCGGAUGCCAUAUUUAAAGGCUGUUAUCAGGGAGGCACUGAGGAUGUACCCUGUAGUUCCUGUGAAUGCAAGGAUCAUUGUAGAGAAGAGUGUUGCUAUUGGUGGAUAUACAUUUCCAAAGAAAACCGCUUUCACGCUUCACCACUAUGCCAUCAGCCAUGACGAGGAGACAUUCCCAGAGCCGUUCACAUUUAAACCGGAGAGAUGGCUCCGUGACGGACGUGUGAGGCCCAACCCCUUUGCCUCCAUCCCUUUUGGCUUCGGAGUGAGGGGCUGUGUGGGUCGGAGGAUUGCUGAGCUAGAGAUGUAUAUGGUUCUGUUUCGGGUAAUCAGGCACUUUGAAAUCAAGCCAGACCCAACGAUGGGAGAGUUGAAAUGCAUCAACCGCACUGUUCUGGUACCGGACCAACCGCUCAGACUUUACUUUGUGGACAGAUGAUGUGAAAACACGGCUUUAUUUGCUUUUGCAGAUGUGUAUUAAUGCAAAUGUUACAAAUGAAAGAAAAAUGGGUUUUGCAGAAGAAUAUUUUAUAUCGUAGGAGAGCGACCCAGGUUUGGAUCCUUUGCUAUGACAAAUAUAAGUAUGUAUAAUUCACAUUUUUAAACAUAAAUCCUCUAUAUCGUAAAUGCUCGCAUAACUUUUAAGUAAAAGCUCUUUGUAGUCCAACAAUGUGGUUGAGGAAUUUUGUCAGCACUUCAUACUUGUAAUAAAGAGUCAAAUAUUAUUUUGUAUUAAAAAUGUCACAAAGUUGGUAGGCAGCUAUUUAAAGAUGAACAGAACUUGAAUGAGUGAACAUAAAUCAUUUCCAAACUCUUUUCUAGUCCUUUUUUAGAAAGGUCUUAUAUCUAACCAUAUGGUUAAACUUUCUUUAUCAAAGUAAAGCCUUAUAUAUUUGUGUAUGCAUUGCUUAACCUUGCAUUGCUAUACCUAUAUGACAUUAAAUCUUUUCAAUCUUGAAAUAUAAAUAAUGUUGUUGUGAUGAAUCUGAGGAACAACCCCUCCUUCUCUCGGAAACACGCCAGCAUCAGUUUAAACAGCUCAUUUGUGAAACUGCAAUGACUCCAGGAACAUUAUCCAAUCUAAAGGUUAAACCUACUUCUAAUCCACUAUUAUUAAAAGGCAAUUCAUGUAAUUCUUUUCUGCUACAUUUGUAGUGACAACAGCUUUCGCUGCUUUUAACAAAAAGCAUCUUUAAAAAUUAAACUAGUGGACUUACUCUUUAUGUUAGGGAUUCAUUCUGCCUUUAUUUUAGAUAUUGAACCUUUCUGCCUGUUGACAUUUACGACGAACCCUAAGUCUGUUAUCUCCCGUAACGAAUGUGAUAAUGGAAUCAUGUGAUGUUAUUCUCAGUUUUAUUAUCGGUCAUAGAGGGUUUUACGACUGUGAGAACGCUGGCUUUCUAAGCUCCCCAUGACAGGUGAUUGAGCAUUUCCAGAUAUCAGGGAUAUCUGCAGUGUUCCCAGUGUUUACGCACCCUCCCCCAAUAUGUGAAUUCUCUCUGUAAACUAGUUAAAAGGUCUAUCAGAGAUAGGCUGGUCAGAUUUGACGUGGCAACCCACCCGUGCAGUCAGAAUCUCUGGCUGCUCUGUCACUUGUGAUGUGAAUUUCUCCGGCCGAUGCUUAUAUUAAAGAUCCGUGUUUGACAUCAAAGCUCCAACUCUCCUU